UGAUGCAUUCUGACAAAUAAAUCAACACCUGAAAGAGAGAAAUAUCAUACGUAAAAUUUUGAUAUGGCAGACCUUCAACAAAAAAUCGAAGCUCUGAAGGGUCUUGUUGAUGUGCUAAAUAGCAUGGAUGACGGCGAAAGUGGUCAGAACCCAACGCCACCGAACAGCGACGGUGGUUCUGCGGCAGCAGGAACAGGAAGGAAGGGGCGUUCUGUUGGAAAAUUCAGGAACACCGGCGAUCAGAAGAUUAAAGGUCUCAGUAACCAAACUGGCUUCACCGAAGGGAACGCUAAUGGAGCUAUCAACUUUGGAGAUUUGGAGGCUUAAGUCACUGAGAUUGAAGGAAUAAGGAAUGUAUAACCUACGCGAUUAUAUAUAUGUAUGAACUAUGAAAGUCUUCUGAAAUACGUAAAUAAUAAAUAAUAAGAAUUUCGCAGUUUGCGUGUGGUUCCAAUAUU